AUGGCCGCAGAAUUGCGUGCAGAGGAAAAUCGGAACGCGGCUAAGCGACAUAUAGCGUGCGUCACAUUGCCGGAUAAGCGGACCGUGACUACAAGCGCGGGCAUAUGCGAGGCCUUUCGGCUUUAUUUUCAGGAUCUUUUCACCAGGGAGCCCGGUCUGAGCUCUGCUCAGUUCGAUGCCUAUUUGGCUGACUUUCCCUGCCUUGAGGCAGCUGAAGCGGCUAGGUGCGAGGGUCCCAUAACAGAGUCGGAAAUCUGGGAUGCGCUGAAGCAGGUUGGCCUGGAUAAGUCUCCGGGACUAGAUGGACUUCCCUACGAAGUGUACUUGAGGCUGUCGCCCGUUUUUGUUCCUUUGCUGCAGCUGAUUUACAACCACUGGAUGAGGCAGGGUCUUUACCUCGACGCUUCACCAGGGCUUGUCCUGUCUCGUCUGAUUGGCCCCGAACAGACUUGUGCUGUGAAGGGCAGGACGAUUCAGGAUAACCUUCAUAUGGUACGCUUGAUCUUAGAACAAGUCGACAGUGAAGCCGCGCUGAUCAAUUUAGAUCAGUCCAAGGCCUUCGAUAGGGUUGACCAUCGGUUUCUGGAGGCUGUCCUGUCGGCGGCCGGUUUCGGAGCCGACUUUCGCUCCUGGAUCCGGCUCUUGUAUGCGACCCCCGGUGCGCUGGUGGAAGUGAAUGGGGUAAGGUCGGAGCCUUUCGUAUUGUCUCGCUCCAUUCGUCAAGGUUGUCCGCUAUCGCCCUUGCUUUACGUUCUUGCGUUGGAACCAUUCCUUCGCAAGUUAAAGGCGAAUCCGGUCCUGCGCGGAAUUACCCUGCCUGGCGCUACCACCUCGGCCAGGUAUUCUGCCUAUGCUGACGACGUUUCGGCUCUUGUGUCGAGCAGAGCCGAGAUUGACGAAGUCAGCAAAGAAAUAAGUGGGUAUGAGAUGGUGACAGGGGCCAGGAUCAACCGUGAUAAGUCUGUGGGCUUGCGGUUGGGUGCGUGGAAGGAGUUUCUCUUCCCGGACCUUUCCUCUGGACGGAUGGGCCGAUCAAGAUACUCGGCGAGACUUUCCCUGAAGGGAAGGGCGGAAGUAUGUGUUUCACACAUCUAUCCGAUCCUCCUCUACCGACUCUCUGUGCUUCCACUCCCGUAUGCUAGACUAAUGCAAUUAGUCAGGACCUUGUUCUCUUUCUUGUGGAGAGGCAAGGCCCCUAUGGUAUCUCGCGAUGUCUGUUGCCUCCAUCCCUCUGAGGGCGGUCUGGGGAUGCCUAGCAUUGAGAUCCGUCAAUAUAUGCUUCGCAUUACCUUUUUAGACCGAAUGUGUCGUGGGUCGAAUGAGGAGGGUGCCUUUUGGAAAGAAGACGUCCAGAAACAUUUUCCAUCCCUGAAAAGUGUGCACUCGUGCGAACAAGAGGCCGGCCGUUUACCACGUGCCGAGUGCUCUUUUUAUCGUGAAUGUCGUCGCGCUCUGAAGCUCCUCUUACGGGUUUCGGAUGGUCUCUCCAACGCCCAGGCGUUGUCUCGCAAGGCAUUAUAUCAAGUUUUAGUUAGGGGUCCGUUCAAGAUGAUCUGA